CUUCUACCUGUCAUUGCUGUAUCUUCAAACGCACUAAUAUUUUGACAUUGACAGCCGUCUGUAUAACCUCAACAUUUAGACACAUGGUGUUUUGUUUAUACAUUUUGUAAGCGAAAAUGAAUCAAAAUAUCGUGAAGCAAAAGCGAAAUAAUUCGCAAAAAUCGUCGAACACUAACCAUAAAGUGUUUGGCAAUAGCAAAGUGAAAAUUAGCUCCAACAACGUCACGCCGACGAAUUCAAAAAUCAUUUUUGAUGACGAUGGAAACCAACAGAAGUCCAUCAAAAAAAAAGGCACGAAGAGGCAACAUUCUUCAUUCUCAGCAAACCAAACCGAUGAUGUUACCAGCCGAUGGUACGAAGAAUAUGCUGCGUACAACACCAAUGAGGAACUACUUGAAAUGAAGGAGCAAGAGGUGAAUGAGCUGGCGAGCACGUGUAAAACAUGUUUUGAGAACGAGCUGGCAAAAGCACAGAGCAAAAACCCUACCGACUCUAAAUGGUUGGAAAUUGCCUUGCACAAGGGAACGUCGAAAGAUCGAGCCAAUGCUGGUGCAUUGCUAGUACAGACCAAUCCAUUGGCAAAUUUGUCGUCGCUGGAGAAAUUAAUUGGUCUGACGAAAAUUUCGAACAAAACGAGUUCCGAAGCGACUGGAAUUAUUACGGAAUUGUUCAUUAGCGCCCUACUCAGUCCCGAUCGCAAACUUUUGUCAAUACCACUACGGGGUGCCGAUUGGAAAGAGCUAAAGAAGAACAGCAAUAUUGAGAAAGGUGUUAAGGAUCGCAUAUUGGCAGCCUGGCAUUUCGAAGGCGAACUGAAAGAACAAUAUUAUGAAUUCCUGAGGAACAUGCAGGCGGCUAUACAAGGCAACCAGGACAACAGCAAAAACCAUGCUAUUGUUUGUACGGCGAAAUUGCUUUGUUAUUCUCCAGAAAAAGAGCAAAUGUUGCUCUCGAUGCUGGUGAACAAACUGGGUGAUCCAUCAAACGUAGUAGCUUCAAAAGCACUCCAUCAUCUGACAGAAGUUGCGUAUAAACAUCCUGCCAUGUGUGAAGUAAUAGCAAAGGAAACGGAAAAAUUGUUGUUCCGCAACAACAUCACCGAACACGCUCAACAUUUUGCAUUGUGCUUCCUCGCCCAAAUCGCUCCCAGAGGGAACGUCCAACUGUGUACGAAGCUGGUGGAUAUUUGUUUUUCAUUUUUCAAAGUUAUGGUGCAGAAAGGAGCUGUUAACAGUAGAACAAUGCACGCAAUUUUGCGUUGUCUGAAACGUGCCAUAGUUGACGCGACUACGGAAGGUUCCGAUGGUUCCAUUUUAACGAAAGACAUCCAAGAUACCAUGUACCGAUUGAUUCAUUUGGCCGACAUUCAUAUAGCCCUUCAGACGUUCGCGUUACUUCUGCAAAUCAUGGCUGUCAAGUCCGGAAAGUACGAUCGUUAUUACAAUGCGCUGUACAAGAAAAUGCUGGACAUAAAUUUGGUUAACGUUGGUCCCAAAGCAGCUGCACAGUUCCUGCAUAUUUUCCAUCGGUCAACAUAUAUGGAUGCUAAUGUGCCGAGAGCGCAGGCCUUUAUCAAACGUUUGUUACAAGUGGCAAUGUAUUUCCCUACGCAAAUUUCUUGCGGAUGCCUAAUUGUCGUUGAUAAGUUGCUGAAGUCAAGACCAGAAUUAUCGAAGACUGUUGAAGCAACCAAAGAGACCGGUGGAGAAACGACGUGGCCAAAGGCGAACGAGGAAUCCGAUGAUGAAGAGCAUUAUAAGGAUGCUGACGCAGAUGAAUCAGAUGAAAACACUGAGGCAGAUGCAGAGAAAAUGGAUCAGGAAAAAAGUGAGUCGUCAUGGCACCACGCAAAGAAUCUGGCGAAAAAUGAAAUUGCUGAAAAAGUCACUCAAAUUGUUCCAAGCAAAUACAAUCCUUAUCAACGAACCCCUGCAUUCGCCGGAGCUGAAUUUGUUCUGAAAACGGAGCUACUGAAACUUGCCGACUACUUCCAUCCAUCGUUGAAAGUCUUUGCUAAGAAUCUUAUCGAUGAAAAGCCAAUUAGUUUCUACGGCGAUCCACUCCGAGACUUUUGUCUCACUCAAUUCCUCGACCGGUUCGCAUUUCGUAAUCCGAAGAAACCGUCUGAAGACGUUAAAUCGCAAUCAAUGGUUCAUCUUGUGCAUAAUAAAAAUUACACAGCCAGCGGCGGUCGUGGCUUACCAGUGAAAGAACUGACGACAUCAAAUUGCAGCGAAGAUGAGAAGUUCAUUCUGGAAUAUUUACAACAGAAACGAGAAAAACGGGCUGCAUUCGCAACUGACGCUGAAGAUGAUGAUGUGGAUUCGGUGAACGACGACGAGUUUGAUGCGUAUUUAGAUGGACUCGGUGGAAAAGAUGAUGACUUGGAUUUCAUGAAUGAUUUGGGUAACGAAUUAAAAGACGACGCAGAGAAUAAGAAAGACAAGAAAAAGAAGCAAAAAGUUGACGAGGAUAAAGAGGAGGAAAAUGAUGGUGACUGGGAUGAUGAGGAUGUCGAUGAUGCGGGUGACGGAGCAAGCGAUAUCGAGAAUGAUGGCACUAUUGAUGAAGAGAACGAUUCCGAUGACGAUGGUUCAAUAUCAUUGGCUGACGAUAGCGACGACGAUGCAUCCGUUUUCGAUGGUGACGAAGACGAUGAUGAAAACAUUUUCGAAGAAUCAGAUCCGGAAGAUGAACCCAAGUCCAAAAAGCUGAAAGGAAUGAGUGGCAAGGACUUCCAGAAAACAUUGAAAAAUACCGACAAUAUGAACUCACUUUUCGCUGCUGCCGAAGAUUUUGCUGAAAUGUUGGAGGACACGGGCAAAUCGAAAACGCAUGGUACGCUAGGAGAUAUCUUCAAUAAAGAUAAAUCGUCGGAGAAACAGCUCAACUGGGAGCAGAAACGAUUCAAGUCAAACAAUUAUUCAUCCAAAAAGCAAACCAAUCGGACAUUUGGUGGAAAUAAGAAGAAAUUUGGAAAUAAAAAGAAAUUUUAAUCUGAGAA